AUGACGUCAAUUGGUACAGGAUACGAUUUGUCAAACAGUGUUUUCUCUCCAGAUGGAAGGAAUUUUCAAGUAGAAUAUGCCAUGAAGGCAGUAGAGAAUGGAGGAACUUCUAUUGGUAUCAAAUGCAAAGAUGGCGUUGUGUUAGCCGUUGAAAAAAUCAUCAACUCCAAGUUAUUGGUUCCUGGCAAGAAUAAAAGAAUCCAGACGGUAGAUCGCCAUAUUGGAGUGGUUUACUCGGGAUUACUACCAGACGGUCGCCACUUUGUCAAUAGAUCCCGAGAUGAGGCCCAGUCAUUCAAGUCGAUAUACAAGAUUCCAAUGCCGGUUCCAAACCUAAUGGAUAGAAUGGGAAUAUACGUGCAAAAUUACACUUGUUACAACUCCGUUAGACCAUUUGGUGUGGUUUCUAUAGUAGGCGGUGUUGAUGAUGAUGGUCCACAUUUGUACAUGAUUGAACCAAGUGGUACCUGUUGGGGAUACAGUGGAGCCGCUACAGGAAAAGGUCGUCAAAUUGCCAAGUCAGAGUUGGAAAAAUUAAACUUUGAAGAGUUGACAUGUAAGGAGGCGGUCAAGAUUGCAGCAAAGAUUAUUCAUUUGGCACAUGAGGAUAACAAGGAUAAGGAUUAUGAAUUGGAGAUUUCAUGGGUGAGUAAAGAACAUACGGGUGGAAAGCAUCAGUUUAUACCAGAAAACGUCUUGGCAGAGGUGAGAAAACAAGCCGAAGAGGAAGAUGACGAAGAGGAAGAAGAGGAAGAAGGAGGAGAAGAAAAUAAGGACGAAGAAAUGGAAACUUGA